GGGAUAUGGCCGCACAUAUUACGGCGUUGGUACCUUUCCGCCCGGUGUAUUUAUUCAGCGCCUCAGGGAUCAAAAGGGUCUUCACCUAUUCAACACUCCCCCAAAUCUUCUUGCUCUUCAUUUCCCUGUGUACCAACAUGGCAGCAACUGGGCAAUUUGAGACCCAUCAUAACCAGCAUGGUGUUCAUUUUGCAACCGGAAAUACCAAUGAUCUAUACAGAACUCUCCGCGUACCAAGUGAUGGUGGCCCGCGACAUCCCCCCGCAGCCCUAGACCCUAUUGCUGCAACUACAGCUACAGGGUUGAAAAAGCGACGAGCACGAAUACUAAGCGGCAUUGUCCUUCUAGCAGGAGCAUUGGCAACUGCAGUAUUGGCAAUCAUAUUGUUGGCCAAUCCAUCGGUGAAACAAGGCGGGAUAGCAAGCAUCUCCAUGGAUUGGGGUCACCUGGCCACUAACGUUGAGCAACGAGGGUUGCCUUUUCCACCCGAUACGCCCGACAUACCGGGGACGGUAGAAAGCGCUGCCCAGGACGGUGUGACUGCUGUGGAGACACAGGGAAUCGCAGUGGCCUCUGCGGUGACAAGUGCCGCCGAGUCCAUUGCCACAGCCGCGCCACAUCUCCCGUUGGGUCUCGCAGGGGUCGACUUGCCCAACCAAUUGUCCAUCGGCACUCGGAUGAUGUGCGUCCAGUACCCAUCAGACCACCAAAAAUGCCAUCAGCUUCCCAUAGACUUCAGUCAGAUCUUCCCUGACCCCCAGCUACCACUCCUCGGGGACACCAUCCGGUCUUUCGAACGCCUUGGAGAGAUGGUCGUAACUAAAGUCAUGGGGGCUGCUCAGCAUGCCGUGGAGGCCGGGCUCGCGCUGGCCGUGGUGGACAUGCUUACAGCGCUUUUUUUGAUACGGCCCUCAUGGGCGCAAUACCGUUGGGUGAAGUGGACCAUACUUGUUUUAUUGAGUAUAGCUUGCUUGGCGUGCUUCCUGGUCUCCACGGGCAUUAUCUUUGUUCUCCAGGCCAAGCUUGGGGAUUUGCCCACGAACACUCCCUUUGUUGGAUCUGUUCAUUCUGGCGCGGCCGGACGGUACAGCCUGGGAGCAACCUGUUGUGCGGUGGUCAUGUUUGGGUGCAACCUCGCCCUUGCCGCACUCUGAAUCAUUGGCCAGGAUGCGCAUUUAUCUUGGCAGCGCAGUCUGUUUCAAAGCUGUGAACAUCUGACAGCCCGACGCCAAUCUGAUCCAUAUACGGAAGGAGAUUGUCUGAGAAAGUGAAGAUCAGUUCUGCCUGGUUAGCAAAAGUACAUCGGG